AUGUCCAGCAGAAAGGCUGCGGAAUCCUUCGAAGCGGUUCUUCGAUGGAAUCAAAUGUUGCUGGAAAUUUUCGGGAUCAACUCCUACAAUCCGGACUUCCGGAUGCGAUUGAACACUUUGGCUUUGUUGUUGUUGGCUUCGCUUUUCACCGCGAUUUCUGUCAUCAACUUGUUCCUGUUUAGAGCCGAUUCGUUUGCCUUCAUCUUCGUGAUGGUGACUCUCUGCUUCGCCGUCAUCGGAUGGUCCCGGGUAGGAUAUUUGCUACUGGAUCCGAGUUCGUUUGCCGACGUGUUGAAUGAUGCUAAGAGAAUCUAUCGGGAUGCUUCGCAAGAUCCGAGUACGCAACAAAUUCUGCUGAAGUACAUCGCCGUGUUGAAACGCUUCGCCUAUAUCUAUGCAACGGCUGUAGUGAUCGGAAGUGUUGGAACGACUUUGCUGCCGUUUGUUGUGUUGCUGAUCACUGGGGAGAGAACGCUACCUUUUGGGGUUCUGGUCCCAUAUACUGAUGUCGAAACGGAGAACGGCUAUUGGAUCAAUCUGUUCUAUCAGAUAAGCUGUUUCAUUUGGACUCCCCCCGGUAUGGUAGGCACUGUCAACAUUUACUUCGCCCUGAUUUUCAGCAUCUGCGUCAAGUACGACAUUUUGAUGCUGAAAUUGGACGAAUUCGAUGAGUUGAUACUUUCGAACUCGAACGAAAACCAGCGCUCAAAAAUCAACGACGCUAUAGUUGAAAUUGUAAAAUACCAUAUGAGCUUGAUAGCUUUCGUGGACAAAAUUGAGUCCCUUUUUUCACCGCAGAUGUUGAUCGAGAUCAACUGCAGUGCACUGCAAAUCAUUGUGGCGCUUUUUGUUAUGAUCAUUGUGUUUCUAGGAAUCUUCAUGGGUACCUUUCAGAUGUUGCUGUUGUGUGCCCUGGGAACGUUGAUCGACAUGAAGAGCGAUAUGUUUGUCUAUCGUAUUUAUAAUAUUUCGUGGCACUUGUUGAAACCGUCGGAGCAGAAAAGUAUCCAGCUGAUACUGAGCAAAUCGCAAAGGCCGCUGAUUCUGACAUACGGUGGUUUUGCUGUGUUAAAUAUGAAUUUUUUCGUACAGGUGUACAAAAUGAUCUAUUCUCAAUUUAUGCUUCUACAAAGUAUGUAAAACAAAGAAAGAUUGAAAUCGGAUUAUAACAUAAAAUGUAUAAUUCAACUUUGGAAGGGAGUUCAGUAACUGUAAUGUU